AUGACUGUUCCAAUAAAGCCAAUCGAAAGUUGGUCAAGAGCUCUACUCCGAGUCGGAUUGUCGAACGCCGGUCGUCAACCUGUUGAGUGUAGGCUCCGACCCGACAAUGAUGAUCGAGCAGAUGGCGCGUCGGAUACGUGUCCCUCUGUCCGUCGUCUCGAUGGGCCAGGGCCAAGAGGUGCACGCCAGACGACUUCUGGCCCGAACCAUGACGGAAGGUGGUUGGGUGCUAUUGCAGAACUGCCACCUCUGCCUCGACUACAUGAAUGA